AUGAUAAAGUCAACACAUCCUGACCUUGAGAGUAAGAUUUCUGAUAUGCGGAUUUUGGAUCAUAACCCAAAUAAGCAGGUUGUCCUCAUGGCAAACUUGUGUGUGGUUUCUGGGCAUGUUGAAACAGAAAGUGAGGCUUUUGUGUCACAAUUACAAUGUAUCCGUGGCAGAGGUAGGAAGUUGGAGAGGACGAUUUUUUCCUUUUUGGAGCAACAACAGACGAAGUUCCAAAGCUCAUUGAAAUCGGAUCCUCAAUAUCAAGAGGCCAAAGAAUUCAUAAGAUCAAAGGCAUUUCGAAGCUAUGACUACAACCCACUUCUUGAUUCUCUUAAAGAGAACUCAGGGUAUGGGCGUGGGGACUACUUUCUUGUUGGACAUGACUUCCCAACCUACAUAGACAUUCAAGCCAAAGUAGAUGAAGCAUAUACGUAA